AUGAUGAGAAAAACUUUGCCGACUACGGUGGCCGCCGAGGCUGCACCUCUCGUCUCCGCUGAGGAUGCAUGGGAACGACUCUGGCGUUCCCUUCCCUCCGUGCAGAAGCAGCAUUGCAUCAAUACGGACGCCUCAAAGGAGGUCGAGGGGGGCGCACCGCUGCAGCAAACGGCGAGGACGGAGGGUAGCUUUGGCGCUGAUGUACAUAGAGACGCGGGGUCCGUAUCUUUGCUGUCCGUCGUUCUGCCGCGUGCAGAGAUGGCACACCUGGUGACCUGCGUUUAUCUCGCCCUGCACAGCAACGCGAUCCAGUCAGACACCGAGGCCGCCGUGGAAGGGGCUCUGCGCGCGCCGUCUCUCGGAAAAGCCCACAGCGACGAGGCGGAGGCCGCAGAUGCGCCGAGGGUGCUGCGAGAGACGUACACCAGGGAAGACGUCAUCGCUUUUCUAGAGAGCGUGCCAUCCCGCUGGAUGCCUGAUAUGAUUGCUGCGCGAGAGAACGAGGAGGAACAGAGUCUGUGGGUAGAAUUCAACGCGGAGCUCGUGGACUGCGUCGUGAGCGACGAGGCGCCGUACAACCUGCUACCACCGACAGAGGUGUUCACUAUCCAACGCACGGCAGCGGCGGUAAGCCUAGAGGCGCCGGUGAUCAACUACGUCGAGGUGCUGCCGCCUCGAUGGUACCCUGCUGUUUACGAUACCCUUUUUGAGAAACUCCAGCUGAAUGAUGACCGCAGCGACUCGAGCCUCGCUCUUGCGCAGUUUCGCAUUUUCUUCGACUGGUUCCACAGACUGCAUUUUUGCAACACGGAUGCGUCGAGGUCGAGUGCGGCUGCCGAGGACGUGUACAAUCGGUACUGCGACCCGCGCGGCCAAUUCAGCACAACACAGUUCCAGUUGGCGUGCGAGGAGAUGUGCGCGGUGUACGCGCAGCGCCGAGACGCGGCCGCCUACCUGGAGCAGCUGGUGCACCGCACGGAGCACGUGAUGGCGCAGCGGGACGAGGAAGGUCCUGCACACACGGCGCAGCAAGCAUCACGCAUGAGCGCUGAGUUUUUCCUCCAUCCGGAGGAGGUGACGCUGCCGAGUUGGCGUCGGUACUUGACGAGCCCUGUGCCGCUGUACAUGCCGGAUGAACUACGCGCCGUGCAGCAGGAGAUGGAUCGCUACCAUCGCCAUAGGUGCCCGCGCAUCUUGCUCCUCGGGCCUGCGGGCAUCGGCAAGAGCGAGGUGGGUAGGCAACUGGCUGAGGAGCUGCAUUGCGUUCACUUGGAUGUGCUGGAGCUGGCCAUGGCUGCGUUGCGCGACACAGCGCAAGGGGAUGUGGCUGAGGAGCUGGAGGCGUGCCUUGCACAGCGCACUGCAGUGCCGAUGAAGGUGCAGGUGCGGCUGUUGCAGGACGCCAUGACAAGCGCGCGUGCCGAGUUUCGGGGCUACAUAUUCAGUGACACCAUGUCGUCCACCGCAGAGACCGCCGACGCGUUUCUUGAGCACUUUGUGCGACCGCUGCAGCUGUCAGAGAUGGCGAGGCCAGACCACGUUGUGGAGGUGUGCACCGCUGUUCCGGAUGUGUACCAGGAACACGCGAGUGGCAGGGUUGCCAUUGUGGCAGCGGCGUCGCAGCAGGCGUGGGACACUUUCGUCAAGGAUGAAGCGCAGAAGGCACGGGCUGUGGAGAAGGCGCAGAUGCGGGCUGAUUGCGAAAAGAUUCUAGCACACCUGGUGGAGAUGGAAGGUGCGACGGGGAAGGCAGCACCGCCAGCUGCCGACUUGGAGCUGGCCCGUCAACAGGCGGCCGAGGCACAAAGCAUUCUGCUGACCCUGGAGGAGGAGGAGGAGGAGGAGGAGGGCGUGGCUGCCGAGCGCGACCAGGAAGACGCAGCUGAGGAGGCGGAGGACACGAAGCGCUCCUCCCUGCCUCCCCUGGCGGCAGGAAGGGCAGCAGAGGUGCGCCUGCGACUCGCAGCACUUAUCCGAGAUGGCCGCAUCGAGGCGGGGGCGCAGCUUCCCUUUACAACCGCUGAGGGUGCCGCCGUUCUUCUUCCUUCUCUGGAGGAGCAGGACUGGACCUCCAGCUGGCGGAAGCAUGUUGAGUUUGCCAAGAGUAUACACCAUCACCUACUCGUGGACCCUAUUGCGUCCGCCAGCACCGGGCAUGUCACGUCGUAUAUUGCGCACGUAUUUCACCUGUACCCGUGUGGGGAGCCGGCGUUGCUCGGCAGUGCGAAGACAGGCGAGGACGAGGACGGCGGCGAAGACGGCGCACACGGGCACAGCACCUCCGUCGCCGCGGACGAGGAGCGCAGUCGUGCCGUAGAGGAGGCGGCGGAGGAGGCGGGGCUGUCACUCUCACCCGUGUGGAAGCGAUAUUGCCCUGUCACGGCGUUCGAGGACCAUGUACUGAUCGAGGGUGCGGCCUGCUACGCCUGCAGCUACCGCGGCCACUACUACUGUUUCGCGUCUCCCAGCAAGCGGGCCGCGUUCGUGGACUUCCCCAUCAAGUACCUGCGUCAGCGCUGCUCUCCCGACCGCAAACCGGUGCUCGUGGUAGCGGACGACACGCUGGUUCACUCCACAGACGCAAUGGUAGAGACCAUGCAACGCGUGGUGGGCGAGGUGGCGACGCAGCUCAACCUGACGCCGUAUGCCGUCUCGGAGUUCGUGAAGCUGCUCGAGCCGCGUCAGGCGCUUCUGCAGGCGCGCCACGCAGCGUGCGUCGGUCGGCAGAAGGCUGAGGAGGAGGCCCGGAAGGCGCGAGCGGAGCGGCUAGAGUUGGCUGCCAAAGCACAGGCAAAGAAGAAAAAGGGCAAGAUGGAGCCCAGGAAACCGAAGAUCAAGAAGAAGGCUGGCGGGACAGGACGUUCGUCGUUCUUGCAGCAAGCGCUACAGGACCGGCAGAGUAGCGCCCCGUCCUCUGGCGGGGCGCGCCGACGUGUUCCCCGCACGAUGUUCUUGGAGGGCCCGCAGAGCAUGGCCGAUGAAAAGGCGAUGCAUAUUCGAGCAGCCAAAGAGAAGGCGGCAUGCACCGCGCCCCUGCUGCUUUCGGCAGUGACGUCGGCAGAUCUGCAGAAGGACAUCCUUCAUGGGCUGUGGGAAGGGAACCUGCUUCCAGAGACGGUGCUGGUCCUGCGCCCUGCCGACGCGCCCGUCGAAGAGGUGGCCGAGGAAGACGACGAGGAGGAGGGCGAGGAGACGCAGAAGGGCAACGCACACGGGAGUGACCUGUCCGUUCUUUCGCAAACGCUGAGGCUGCUGAAGAAGGUCCCGAAAGUCGAGCGGCUCUCUGUGAUGGCAAGCAGGAGCAAACCGAGAGCGCAGCAGCCGCAACCGUUUAACGUGCUCGCCAUCUCCCUGCCCAAGACGCCGGUGGUGCACGAGGUGAUCGCAGAGGUGAUGCAGUUGCUGGACCCGCUCGCCAUUCAAGCGAGUGAGGCCGCUGUGGAUGAAGCACUGGGAGAGGAGGACGAGGACGCCUUCAACGAAGAAGCCGAGGAAGAGGCUGAGGAGGCGGCGUUCCUGAACCCCGAUGGCGAAGCGGUCCCGCUAGUGCCGCAACCGCUGCCCCACCCCCUUACGCGGCCGAUGCGCCGUUUCCUGCAUCAGUUUGGGUCGCGUCUCGACUACUGCCCCGUUACGCUGCGCGAGCGCGGCAUCCUCGUUCGCGGGCGACAAGAGUUCUGCCUGCGCUUCGUGGACGGUCUCUACGUGUUCGCCACCCAGGAGGCGCGCAACGCGUUCGCGCGCUGUCCGCAGCGCUACGUCGGCGAACUACCUCCGGAAACGCUUCCGCCCCGCGUGUGGCUGGUGGGGUCGACGUGCUCCGGCAAGAAAACACUCGCAGCUGGGCUGCACGAGGCUUAUCGCGUGCCCUUCUUUGUAUACGACCGCCGUUUUUUCGAGGAGUGUGUCGAGGCGGCCCUGACGCCGGGAGGUGGCAUGGUAAGGGGCGUGUACAUCCCUCCGGAUAGCGAAGAUACGAACUCGUACGUUGCCCGCGCCCGCACGCUGCUAGAGGAGGUGCGCAGCAGGGCGCGGGAAGAGAAGACGAAGCUGAAGGUCAGGGCAGAGGCGGAGCGCCUGUUGCAGGAACGUGAGCAGCGCGAGGAGGAGCGUGCCGCGCGUAGCGACGCGGACGUGGACGAGGAGGACGACGAUGACGAGGAUGACUGGGACGAAGCCAAAGAGGCUGACCUGCAGGAGAAGCUCGAGUACGAGCCGGAGGACCCCGAGGACAAGCAGGAGCGCCUGAGGGAGGCAUACCUGCGCAUUGCCAGUUGUGUGACGCGCUUCCGCCCCUUCGACACGCUCGGCUAUGUGAUGAUCUGCCCACCGUUCUCUGACGGCGACCUCGACAUCCUCUUUGACGAAGGCUGCAUCCCGGAGGUGGUGAUGCGGCUCAGCAUCGACGAGGAGACCUUUGCGCAGCGAGGCGCACUGCGCGCGGCAGAGCGGCGUGAGGCAGUUGAGCACGCCAUCGUGCAGGACACCGCAGCAAAGGAGGUGGAAGCCACAAAGCAGGCCACGCAAGCCAGCCGCGACGCCGCACGGCUGCAGCGACGCCGCGAAAAGGCGCUGCGGAAGUGGCGUCGUCGGCACAUUGGCGUGAAUGACGUCGAUUCCCCAUCGGAGGAGGAGGCGGACGCGGACGCGGAGGCGCCGCCCGCGCAAGGGCACUCUGGCGACGCGCAAAGCGGCGAUGACCGUGGUGAUUUGGACUCGGCGGCUGCUGCCGCCAUCCACGGAGAGGGGCAGCUGGGCAUGGAGGAGGACUAUCCCACACAGGAAGAGGCGCUGGAUGAGUUCAUGGGCAUUAUCGAAGAGCGGCUUGUUGAGGUGGUACGGGUCGACGGCAGGGCUGCGAGGGAGACGGUUUGCCGUGCCGUCGUUGAGGCCCUUGGACGCCACAUGCGCCACCGUGCCUCGCUCUUCUACGUACCAGAGGUGAUGCGCUUUGAAGACGCAAAGGCGCGCCUGGCGGCUGGCGGUUGCGAUCUGUCGUCGUUUGGCUACGAGGACCCGGUGCGCUUGUACAGAUAUCGCCAAGAGGGCCCGCAGACCGCUUGCGCCUGGAAGCCCGCCGGCGUGCGCAUCGGCCCGGAGCAGCCGCUGCAGGAGAGCGCACAGGGCUUCUACGUCGACGACGCUGCUGGCGACGCGGAAGGUGGCGGCGACAACGAGUUAGAGGAGCCAGAGGUUCUGAGCGAGGUACUGUCGGACGAAGUGCAGGAGCUGCGCGACGUGGUCGAGAGGCGCAAGCGGCGACGUCAGCGAAAGGCAGCGCUGCGAGUGGCGCGCGUGAACCAUCGUCUCUACUUCUUCAAGGAUGACGACUCGCUUCUCCGUUUUGUGCGCGAUCCGUGGCCCUUCCUGCGCCAGGCACCACCAAACCCGACGCUUCUCCAGCAACCCGUCGUGUCCGUAUACGAGCACGACGCCCGCUAUGCCACGGAGCAAGACGGCGCCAAGGAGCGCGUGCUGGCCGACUCUGUAGCGUUCAACCUAGGGAUGAAGUGCAUCUCGGUUUCGUCGCUCCUGGCCUGGGGGGCGGUGCACCCGCACUGGCACGCGCUGAAGCUUGACUGCAUGUUGGCAGCUCAGCAAGGCAGUGCAGACCCUACCCUUGUACACAAGCUGCUCGCUUUGUACCUGUCGACGGCAGAGGUGAAGCACAGCGGUGCGGUGCUGCACAACUUGCCGCAUACCGCCAUCUCGGGGGAGGCCCUCCGGCGGGUAGCGUGCGCUGCGCCGAUCGUCAAGGUAAUGGCGACUUCAUCUGUCCCCUUGAGAGGUGGCAGGGCAGCUGACCACUCAGCGCCGGACGCGGAUGGAGAAGCCGACGAGUGGAGCGCCGCCGUUGCCGCUUUGGAGCGCCACGCGGCCGUGCGUUUGCCGCUUCCCCGGCCGAGCGUGCCCCUCGACGCCAGCAACCUCGUCGCGGCAGUUCACGGUGUCGAAGAGUACGUUCAGCAGGCGCAGGAGUCCGUGCUGCGGGAGCAACGUGCUUUUCCAGCUCGGCUACACACCUCCUACCAAGUCUACAGCUAUGUACACCGUCACUUGUCCCAAUUCACCGCCUUCUGCCCGUACGAAUGGCUCGAGCACGACGACCUUGUGCGCAGCGUACACGCACCCCCGGCCAUCGCCGAGGCGACCGCUACGUCACCGCUUUUCUGGCUGCCCGCCACAAAUGAGGUGGACUUGCGUUGGGGUGCGAUUUACCUGAAUCAGUACUUCUUCUUCAGCUCCGCCGAGUACCUCGAGCGUUUCCUUGUUGACCCGACGACGGUGACGGACGCGUCGAAGGCGAAGCCGAUGCCGAAGCACUUCCCCGUCAUCAUGUUGCAUCCGGUGGACGAGGCUUGCCUGGCGCUAGAGGGCUGCUGCCCUGUACUGCUCUACGACACGCGUGAGUUUCGCGGGAUGCGUCGGGUCAUUCAGCCGGUGGCCAAAAAGGGAUCGCUUGACUGCGUUGUCGAGUACGACGGCAAACUGUACGCGUUGCGUGACAAGGAGCACAUGGCACGGUUCCUGCGCCGUCCGUGGCAGUACGUCGACGGGGCUCACCUGCCACCGGUGCUUCGGCGUCCUCUGCCCACCGGCACCUCCCCAUCCGACAUCGUCGAUCACGAGGAGUACAUUCAGCGGCAGUUGUACGAUCCGGUAGCUCUGGCGCUGCUCGCAGUCGCGCAGGCGCGCCCGAUUUACCCCGGGCUCUCCGUCGAGGAGUCCGCGCUCAAGUACAUUGCGCUCUACCUAAAGGCGCACCGCGACCCGGACUCCCUCAGCGACUUUGAGGAGAAGACGUACCGUCGCCACUUCGAGGUUUACCAGCAACGCGCAUCGCUGUACCGACACUUACCCUCGUCGUCAUCUGAGGCGAAGACGAAGCAGACGUUCGCGGAGAGUGCGACGGGAGCUGUGACCGCCUCAGCCGCCGCGGCAGAGCGUGAGUACUGUGCCACCUUCGACAAUUCGAUGGCUGCCACAAGCGACAUGAGCUUCUUCAACCGGCUACCACGCCCCUCAGACGCUGCCUUGUAG